AUGGACAUUUUAAACCAAACAAGAGUGACUGAAUUUGUCUUCUUGGGACUUACUGAUAACCAAGCACUGGAGAUACUGUUUUUCAUGGCAUUCUCAGUCACUUAUGGACUAACCCUUUUUGGGAACAUUCUCAUUGUCAUUAGCAUAGUCUUUACUCCACGUCUCCAUACCCCUAUGUAUUUCUUCCUGAGCAAUCUGUCAUUUAUUGACAUCUGCCACUCAUCUGUCACUGUGCCCAAGAUGCUGGAGGGUUUGCUUUUAGAGAGAAAGACCAUUUCCUUUGGCAACUGUAUCACACAGCUCUUCUUCCUCCAUGUUUUUGCUUGUGCUGAGAUCUUUCUGCUGACCAUUAUGGCAUACGAUCGUUAUGUGGCUAUCUGUACUCCAUUACACUACCCCAAUGUAAUGAACAUGAAAGUCUGUGUACAGCUUGUCUUUGCUCUCUGGUUGGGAGGUACUGUUCACUCACUAGCGCAGACCUUCUUGACUAUUCAUCUACCUUACUGUGGCCCCCAAAUUAUUGAUAGCUACUUCUGUGAUGUGCCUCCUGUCAUCAAGCUAGCCUGUACAGACACACACCUCACGGGAAUGCUGAUCGUGUCCAAUAGUGGAACCAUCUCUCUCAUCUGUUUUCUGACCUUGGUCACCUCCUAUACAGUCAUCCUGGUCUCCCUUCGAAAGUACUCAGCUGAAGGGCGCUGGAAAGCCCUGUCUACCUGCUCAGCCCAUUUCAUGGUGGUUGCCCUUUUCUUUGGGCCAUGCAUCUUCAUCUACACUCGACCAGACACGAGCUUUGCCAUUGAUAAGGUGGUGUCUGUCUUCUACACAGUGGUCACCCCUUUGCUGAAUCCCCUGAUUUACACCUUGAGGAAUGAAGAGGUAAAAAGUGCCAUAAAGCAGCUCAGGCAGAGACAAGGUUUUUUUCAUUAAAUCAU